AUGGUGAAGACGAAAAAAACUAAAGACAAAGGCAACGAAAUCGGCAAGAUUCCAGUUUCAGCUCUUCCGAUGUCGAAGAGAUCUAGCCCAAAAAAUGCCAAGGCUCAAAGUGCUCCGUCGUCUCAGGCAGCUCAGAGCGGAAAGCCGGCAACAAAACGCCAAGUCGUCAAUGCAGCCGAUGUUACCCACAGCAAUGUUGUCGAGGUUCAGGCUCAACAGGAAGUAAGAAGAUCCGCAAGACUGAAUUUGCUCGGCUCUCCACCGUUUGAGAGCACUCCUGUUGCAAGUGUGGUUGAGAAGGUUUCGGCUGUCCUAGCAAAUGUGGAGCGCCCAGUUGCUCUGGAUGUUGGAGUUCAAGCUGAACAAGGAGAGCUUGUCAUGGAACAGCGAGAAGCUCCAGUUACUGUGGAUGUUGCAGUUCAGACUGAUCAAGAGGAACCUGUCAUUGACCAAGGAGAAGGCCCAGUUGCACCUGAACAAGGAGAUCAUGUUAUGGAACAGCAAGAAGGUCCAGUGGCAGCUGACGAUGCAGCUGAGGAAGACCUUGUUGUAGUGAACGAGCAGCUCACGCACAAGGCUUACAUUCGCAGAUUGAAAGCUCAAGGAAAGACCUUCUCAAGAUACUUUUUGAACUGCUGCAGUGAGCAGUCUCUCGAAGACCGGGUCUUUGCCUACCAGGCUGACUCGUUCGAAGCCAAUAAUCGUGAUAGACGUCAGUUCGCCCCAGGAAAAAUUCGCGUAUGUUUGGACUGA